GGAAGCAUCGGAGACUACACUCAGGUUUGGUUGGGAGUUUAAAGCAUUGACAGCAGCCCUAGGCUCAAGUCUGCAUCCCUCUGUGCUGCGCUUGCAACCUCUUGUCUCGCACUCCAUUGUGCUCCCUCUUUCUCUACCUCUGACUUGUGGACUCAGGAUCUAGUAGUCACUCCAUUACUGCAUAGGACAGGCUCUAUCUCAAACUACAGGGGUAACAACUUUCGCAGCUACAUUUCUCUUCUCAGUGAGCACACUAACCAGGCACUAUGGAGGCCAUCAAGAAGAAGAUGCAGAUGCUGAAGCUGGACAAGGAGAACGCCAUCGACCGCGCAGAGCAGGCUGAGACCGACAAGAAGGCAGCAGAGGACAAGUGCAAGCAGCUGGAAGACGAGCUGCUGGGCCUGCAGAAGAACCUGAAGGGGACUGAAGACGAGCUGGACAAAUACUCUGAGGCCCUCAAAGAUGCCCAGGAGAAACUGGAACAGUCUGAGAAGACCGCCGCAGACGCGGAGGGUGAUGUGGCGGGUCUGAACCGCAGGAUCCAGCUGGUGGAGGAGGAGUUGGACCGGGCCCAGGAGAGGCUGGCCACUGCGCUGCAGAAACUGGAGGAGGCAGAGAAGGCUGCGGAUGAGAGCGAGAGAGGCAUGAAGGUGAUCGAGAACCGGGCCUCCAAGGACGAGGAGAAGAUGGAGAUGCAGGAGAUGCAGCUAAAGGAGGCCAAACACAUCGCUGAGGAGGCCGACCGCAAAUACGAGGAGGUGGCCCGUAAGCUGGUAAUCCUUGAGGGAGAACUGGAGAGAGCUGAGGAGAGGGCCGAGGUCUCAGAACUUAAAUGCAGUGAUCUGGAGGAGGAGUUGAAAAAUGUGACCAACAACCUAAAAUCCCUAGAAGCCUCAUCUGAGAAGUACUCAGAAAAAGAGGACAAGUAUGAGGAGGAGAUCAAGGUUCUUAGUGACAAGCUGAAGGAGGCUGAGACUCGUGCAGAGUUUUCAGAGAGGACAGUGGCCAAACUGGAAAAGUUCAUUGAUGACCUGGAAGAGAAAUUAGCAGGUGCCAAAGAAGAGAACCUGGGAAUGCAUCAAGUCCUGGAUCAAACACUGCAAGAGCUCAACAGCUUAUAAAGAUGAGGAGGAAGAUGGAGAGGAUAAAAGUCUUGCAACAUUCCAUAAAUAUUACAUUUCAUUCCACAUUUUGAGCUGUAAAGUCUUAUUCCCAGCGAAAGGGGAUUAACUUAACUUGUACCCUUAGUUUUUUAAACCAAUGAGUCAAGAAUAGAAAAAAACAACUCAUAUUUGACAUGUGCACUCAAAAGCAUGUUUUGAAAUAGGUUGUGUUAUAUGUAUGGCCUUCAUUUAUGUAUGAUUCAUGAGCUCCACCGAGAGUUAUUUGGCAAACAGUUGACAGGAAUCAGCUUUUACCAACUGACAUGGUAAUUUAGUGCAUGCACAAUGUAUGUGAACAUAUCCACAGGUUGAACAUAUCCACAGGUUGGACUGUGCCUUUUAAUAAUGAGCCAAUAUUCUACCUUUGGUGUAUAUGUGUGUGUUAACAUGGUCAUUGACACUAGAGGAAGACUCAUGGAAACGAUGGUGAACAUGUCUGUGGUGCUACUGGUGGUGCUAAAAUACUGUGACUAUCAUUCAGGUGGAGGGAUUGCCAAAGCGAAUUUAAAAAAUCAUUUUUUAUGUGAAAAGAGUAUUCUAUACAAAUCUUUCAAGGAACUACAACUCCUCUUCUGACCGAACCUAUUAUCUGUGUGGUCUUAAAGUGCAAGGAACUACAACUCCUCUUCUGACCUAACCUAUUAUCUGUGUGGUCUUAAAGUGCAAGGAACUACAACUCCUCUUCUGACCGAACCUAUUAUCUGUGUGGUCUUAAAGUGCAAGGAACUACAACUCCUCUUCUGACCUAACCUAUUAUCUGUGUGGUCUUAAAGUGCAAGGAACUACAACUCCUCUUCUGACCUAACCUAUUAUCUGUGUGGUCUUAAAGUGCAAGGAACUACAACUCCUCUUCUGACCUAACCUAUUAUCUGUGUGGUCUUAAAGUGCAAGGAACUACAACUCCUCUUCUGACCGAACCUAUUAUCUGUGUGGUCUUAAAGUGCAAGGAACUACAACUCCUCUUCUGACCUAACCUAUUAUCUGUGUGGUCUUAAAGUGCAAGGAACUACAACUCCUCUUCUGACCUAACCUAUUAUCUGUGUGGUCUUAAAGUGCAAGGAACUACAACUCCUCUUCUGACCUAACCUAUUAUCUGUGUGGUCUUAAAGUGCAAGGAACUACAACUCCUCUUCUGACCUAACCUAUUAUCUGUGUGGUCUUAAAGUGCAAGGAACUACAACUCCUCUUCUGACCUAACCUAUUAUCUGUGUGGUCUUAAAGUGCAAGGAACUACAACUCCUCUUCUGACCUAACCUAUUAUCUGUGUGGUCUUAAAGUGCAAGGAACUACAACUCCUCUUCUGACCGAACCUAUUAUCUGUGUGGUCUUAAAGUGCAAGGAACUACAACUCCUCUUCUGACCUAACCUAUUAUCUGUGUGGUCUUAAAGUGCAAGGAACUACAACUCCUCUUCUGACCGAACCUAUUAUCUGUGUGGUCUUAAAGUGCCGCCAUAUGCUGACAUGCAGCUUCAUAGCACCUCCUUUCCACUAUGGCCUGACAUGCCUGCCACUAUCCCAGCUCUGUAUUUGGCUGCCUAGCCUAGGUGUAAAAUCAUAAUCCUGGUAUUAUAUUGUGGUGGUAGCAUAUUUAAAAGUUAAACCAAAAAAAGCAAUACGGGGGCCUCAAUCAAGGUAAUAAAACAUGGAUACUUAUUGUAUAUAGUAGAAUAAUGUUAGUUAUUGAUGUAUUGCUCCAGUUUUACAAAACUUUCAGUCAGGGGAACUCUCAAAACCAAAGAAUACACAAACCACAGAAGGUGAACCGUCAAAAGGUUUUAUUGUUGUCUGUGAAGGUAAUCAAUCAAGGCUUCUCAUCCUUAUUUGACUGAGUCUGUGUUGAAAUGAUUCAUUCACUUUUCCAGCUUUCAGUCUAAUAAAUUUUUACACAACCUG